AUGACGAACCAUAACGAUUUUGUGUUUGAUUUCCAAGCUAAGUCUAGCACGGAUUUAAAGAGGAAGAUGAAAAUCAAGGUUGAAAAUGAAAAAUCUUUAAAAGACAACCCAACAAAUCAAGGAAGCAAUCCUAUAAACAUCAAUGUUGGAAACAUUCAAAAGCUGGACCAUCGAAAGAAAUUGAAAGUAGAAGUCCCUAAGAAAAUGGUUGAGCCACGCAAAGUGUUUGUACCGAAUAGUAACAUUAGAAGCCAAUCGGAAGUAGAAAUUUCGAAUAAAGUUUCCCAGCCGAGCAACGUGCAUGUUCUCAAUAGUAAUAAGAGGCAAAUGGAAGUAGAGGCCACAAAGGAAAUUACUGAGCCAAGAAAAGUGCUUGCUCUGAAUAAUAAUACUAAAAAGAAAUUGAAGUCAACGGUGGAUCAUCAAGUUAAAGGUUCAAUAGAAUCACAAGUCUCAAAGAACACCAGUGAUCAAACCAAAAAGAUUUUGCAAAGCCUUAACAAUACUAUGAACAAGUCUCAACAAUCCUUUGAGAAGAAAAAAAGUCGUCUAAAGUGUCUAACCAUGUCCCUUACAGAAUGUCUCGAUAAAAAUAAGGAAAAAAAUGGAGUUGAGGAAUUCGACUAUGAAGAUACAGAAGAAAAUUAA